AUGGCCGAUACCAAACCCGCCGACGCCAACACGACCGUCGGCCAAUCACCCAAGGACUCUUCGGCGGCGCCAAAGGAUACCAUUCCAAUGAAGACCCUCCCUCAAUCCUCGUCGACGGAAGCCGACGCCGCCGCAGCAGACACAACGAGGCCGACGACUACUUCAUCAAGCAAGACACCCGGCGAUGCGGCAUCAACACAGCCUGAAGCCAGCACGUCGGCCGUGGGCGAUGCCGACGAUUCAAUCGAGCCGUCAACCAAAGGAAAGGAGAAGGACUCGCUUUCGUCGCCAGCGACCAAGACUCAGGAUGACUCCAUGGCCAUCGGUCCCUCUGUCGAUGACGUCCAGCCCGUCACCAACUCUCCAGCAGAUGGCCCAGUCUGCAACAUCACCCUGUUGCUCACUACUGGUGCAAGACACCCUUACAAAUUGGACGAAAAGUACUUGACAAAGAGAAACGUCAAUGUUCCUGGAUUGACCGAGGCCGGAAAGAAGGACCCCUUCACCAUCAGUGUUUAUACCUUGAAGGAACUCAUCCUCAGGGAGUGGCGUGAAGAAUGGGAUGCCAAGCCUGCGAGCCCCAGCAGUAUACGUUUGAUUCAUUUCGGAAAGCUGCUGGACGAUAAGGACCAAUUGAAACAAUACCACUUCAGUGCUGAGGCAGCCAACGUUGUACACAUGACCGUCCGGCCAGCCGAUAUCGUUGAGGAAGAAGAACCUAAGGGAGGCAAUAAGUCAACCUCUGGCGGCGGGCGCAACCGAGAAGGUGGCGGUGGAUGCUGUGUUAUCUUAUGA